AUGGAACGGUCGGCGUACGUGACGAAGUUCUUCGCCCAGGGCUGCGAGGAUUGCGUCUUCGUGAUCUGCUGCGCCGUGAAAGAGGUGAACGUGCUCGACUGCAAGCGCUGCGUGUUCGUCUUCGGGCCGACGACGGAUUCGACCACGGCGCGAGAUUGCCUGAGUUGCGACAUCGCGACGUGCGCGACCGUGGGUGCGUUCACGCUGGAAGAUUGCGUGAACGUGCGGGCGUUCGUGAAGACGUACGGGAACGGAUCGCGAGCGCGAGCGGAGCGGUGCUCGACGACGGCGUUCGGGACGUGCGAUUUAGAAUACGACGAGUUGGAGGAGCAGAUGGCGUCGUGCGGAUUCGUCGACGCGAACGGGGAUUUAUUAGCGUCGACGAUGACGGUAUCGUCGGAGACGUCGACGCUCGAGAGCACGGCGCGCGAGGUUGUUGGCCACGCGCUAGAGCGCGUCGACGGUUAG